CAGGAGGCGAGCGGUCCUAGGGGCGGGGCAGCUGGACCUGGGAUAUCUCUGCAGCAGCCGCAGCGAAUUUUGGAGACGGCAGAGUUCUGACACCCGCGCGCGCUUCCCUGAACCCAGAGUCGCUACCAUGCCCGGCCCGAACCCCAGCGGCACCAAUGUCGGCGCCUCUAGCCGCUCCCCCAGCAAAGCGGUGGCGCCUCGAGCUGCGGGAUCCACCGUCCGGCAAAGGAAAAACGCUAGCUGUGGGACUAGGAGUGCAGGCCGUACUACGUCAGCAGGCACCGGUGGCAUGUGGAGGUUCUACACGGAAGACUCCCCUGGGCUCAAAGUUGGUCCUGUUCCAGUUUUGGUUAUGAGUCUCCUCUUUAUUGCUUCUGUAUUUAUGUUGCAUAUCUGGGGCAAGUACACUCGCUCAUAGACUCAACUGCAUCCAUAUGUCUGCCAGUUUAAAACAUACAUCUUGGACCAAAAGUAUGGAGGAUUUUGUUUGCUCAUGGAGAGAGAAUAUUUGGAAAGCUUCCUGUUUGGCUAUUGAGGAGUCCCUUGUCACUUUUAUUUGGCAUUGGUGUUGAAUGAACUGUUAAAUUUUUCUGUUUGUGCUGGUUUUGAAGCAUUUCUGUCACAGGUCAUUGUGUGUUUGCUUGUAGACUUACAAAUUACAGGUCUUGCAAUAAAAUUUGUAUACGUAAAUUGAAGCAAUGUAUGCUCUAUUCCUCUUCCCUCCCCCCCUCCAACACGGCACUGUCAUGAAGUAUUAUAAAGAGCUCUCUGAAUGGUUUUGAAUAAACAGUGGUAUAACAAUAGUUCAAAAUGGAAUUUUACAUACUGUACAAUAUAGGUAAAAAAUAAAAUCUUGCAUCAG